UUACAUCCCUCACCUCCGUCCUUAUCCUCCUCCCUCCAUUUGCAGCGCUCCCUUGCUUCUUCCCCCCACCAUGGACUCCCUCGACAAAGUCGAAGAAUAUCUGCAGUACGUCGAGGUUAAGCUGCACAGCGCGUGGAGCGAUCUCCCCGAUGUGCGCGAUGCGCUCGACCGGCUUUGGCAGGACGUGUCGCGGUACGGGCCGCAAUUGCCCAAGAAUGUGAGGGUGCCGGGGCUGGGGGACUUUGAGGUUCCUGCGCCGCCUCCGCCACCCCCACCUCCGCCUGCCUGGUCGGAGAGGGCGGUGGGAUGGGUAGAGAAGCACCCGUAUGGGGCCGCAGGCGCCGUGGUGGCGGUUGCGGCUGGUGGUUUGAUUGUGGGAUAUGGGCCAGCGUAUGCGAGGUCGUUGAGGGCGGCGAGGAGAAGGGAAGAGACGCAGGAGAGGCGACAGGUCGUUGUUGUGCUUGGCGCGGACACGCCAUACGGCCAGCCACUCGUGCAGGAGCUGAACAGCAAGAACUUCAUCGUCAUUGCCAGCACAUCUACUGCUGAAGCAGCGGACGCGCUCACUCGCAAGUACGCUGGCUACGUGCGCGGAUUAGUGCUGGAUCCUUCAGACCCCGCGACCGUCCCAGUAUUCCUGCGUUCUCUCUCCUCUACUCUCACCCGUCGCUUCCCCAUCACCGCUCACGGCGAUCCCUUCGCCCGCAGCACCUCCCAGCCCUACGUUCAAUCCGUCAUCUCCCUGCUCACCAUCCCUGCCUCCCCCAUCCACGCACCCUUGGAGCAUGUCGACCUUCGCGGCGAGUACCUCCAGCGCCUAAGUGCUGCUCAGAUGGUCCCCCUCGAGAUUAUCCAGGCCCUCCUGCCGCUCAUGCGUGACGGUCCGUCCUCGCGGACGAAGAAGUCUAUUGUUGUCUGUCUGCCUGCUAUCGACGCGCGCGUAGGCCUGCCUUUCUCGUCUGUGCAGGGCUUGAUCGUGUCAAGCACGCACCGCGCGGUCGAUAUCCUGAGACGGGAGGUGCGCAUCGCGGCGCUCACUGGCAAGGCGGAUGCGAUGGCGAACAUCCGCGUCGUAACGGCGGAAGUGGGGCAAUUCGAUGUAGGGGCGUUGGCUGAGGUAGAGCCAUCUCCAGCAGAGACGUACAAAACGCUGGAGGCCUGGACAGCGUCGGAGAAGCUGGUUUACGGCCCUGGGUUCAUUGGGCUAUCGCACUCCACUGCGGCGGCGGUCCGCAUGAGGCGCAAGCCCUCUGAUGUAGCUGCGCUUGUCGAGCGCGUCGUUGGUGCUGUCACUGGCGGACGUUAUGGGCCCACAGUAUUCGGGUUCAACAUUGGGCUUGGCUACUUGCUCAACUGGUACCGGGGAGACCAGUUCUCCAUAGGCGCAGGAUCCACGACAUACCGUCUCGCCUCCCACCUUCCCACAAGCCUCCUAGACACACUCCUCAACUUCCCCUACUACCUCAUCGCCGUCCGCAACGCACUCCUCCCUGCGCAACCCUUCGUCAUCCCGCCAUCCAACGUGGAGGAACUUCCGCUGCCCGCCGCACCGGCGGCUGGCGCACACAAACAGACGACGAGCGAGAACGACGAGAGCAGCGGCAACGAGCGGUCGGAAACAGGCUCGGACGCGGAUGUGGAGAGCAACAAUACUGGCGAUGCGUCGAGCGUCGACCACAGCUGGAUCAGCUUGAAUACGUCGCACGGAGAUGCUUGAAUGCUUUUUCGCAUGUACCCUCAGCGGUUGUAGACCUUGACGCGCAGUCAUGAAACCCCAUCUCUUCACACCUUGGAUCCCCUCUCAGGACUAUGUAUUCACGUACAGAAUCUUUUCCUCCUGCUUGCUUGACCUUUAGUAGGUACUGUGUAGAAGUAACUGUAUAUAUCAGUGUAUAACAGCGUAUACGUAUGAGCAAGAAGUGCAAUCAUGCACGCACGAACCGGUGGCAAGAGCGCAUAUAUUCAGCA